UCUUAAUUACACAUCACUCUUCAGCGCUGCCAGUAAAGGCAACAGCAUAGAUGAGAACUCAUCCCAAACUUGCAGACCAGGCCUACAUCCCCUCGCUUUCCUCUCUCCCUCCCAAGUCACGCAAGAUAAUCUUGCAUUUAUUGCAGAUUGGAAAUUAAUGUCCCUGAUAUUUCUUCCUAGAGGUGUUUCAGGUGAAACUCAAAGACCUGCUUUUUUAAAGGGAAGUAGCACCCUCUGAUGGUAAGUGGCGAGAGAGCCGGACCCUUCCCAGCCUGGUAUUUUCGUCUCCAGGAGGCGACUGGAGGCGGGGGGUUGGGGGGAACUGUCUGGGUGCCUGUGUGAAAGCUGCAGGGAAGCAGGACCCUAGGCCCCAGCAGCCCCCGGCUGCUCUGAGUCCGGGUGAGGAGCGCAGGGGGCGCUAGGGUGCCCGGGGCGGGCACCAGCGGGCACCAAUCACAGCGCGGCCCCGCCCUAUAAAUACCGCGCUCCGGGGUCCUGUUGCGUCUUACUGCCUUGUUGGGUGUAAGUAGUGUUCUUGGUCUUUUUCUGAGUUCACCAUGUCGGAGACCGCGCCGCCCGCUCCAGCUGUUUCCACUCCUCCUGAGAAGGUUUCAGCUGGCAAAAAAGUGAAAAAGCCUGCAAAGGUUGCAGCCGCCACGAAAAAAAAGCCCGCGGGUCCUUCGGUCUCGGAGCUGAUUGUGCAGGCCGUCUCCUCCUCCAAAGAGCGCAGCGGCGUCUCCCUGGCUGCGCUCAAGAAGGCGCUGGCGGCCGCCGGCUACGACGUGGAGAAGAACAACAGCCGCAUCAAGCUGGGUCUUAAGAGCCUGGUGAACAAAGGCACCCUGGUACAGACCAAGGGCACCGGCGCCUCAGGCUCUUUCAAGCUCAGUAAGAAAGUAGCCUCUGUGGAAGCGAAGCCCAGCGCUGUAAAGGUGGCAGCGAAAACCAAAGGAACUGGCGCCGCUAAGAAGCCCAAGAAGGCCACGGGGGCGGCUGCUGCUAAAAAAGGAGACGAUGUGCGGGCGAGCUGCCUGACCUUGGGGAUGACGGUGGUUCUCCGUUGUGCAUGGUGCCCAGAUUGGUGUCCUCGACCUCAGGGUAGGCCUCACACGCUUACCUGCAUCGCCAUCACGGACCAGCUCUGA